UUGGCUAUUAAUAACGAGUUGUGAGCUACAUGUAAGCUAAUAUAGAGUUUGAGCCACUACUACAUUUUGUGGUACACACAUUUCGGUUAGGAAUAUGUCCAAUUGAGUUACGUAAACGAUGAAGACCUGCUCUUGCACAGGCUUAUAUUUUGACAGUGUGAUGUCUGUUAGCGGUACUGGCCAAUGAUUGCAGACUUUUAGUGGCGUACACCCGCCCAUUUCUGCGAUUACAACAAAUCAGACUUUGGACAGCCUUGAAAACAAGCCAAUCGGACUAGUUAAAUCCACAACAAGUGCCCUUUGAGAUACCGGAAGAAAGCCAUUCCUUCGGUGUUUUGGAUUUGCAUGGAUAUUUGACAAGGCAAUGUUGUGUAUUAGCAACUUAGGAAAACUUUUGGUAUGCUUUAUUUCGAAGAAGUGUAUUAUUGAUAACUGAUGUGGUUGUACGGAGUCGUUUGUGUUAAGCUACUGCUGCUUUUUAGAAUGUGCUAGCCAUCUUUGUUUAGUAAAACUAACUGCAACAUACUAGUAACUAUACGAUAUUAUUUUGUACGUGUACUGUAUUGUAAGACCACUGAAGGUCAUGCAGUCUGUUGAGAAGACGUGCUGUAUUAUAUCAGUGCAUAACUCAGAUACUGGUAAGCGUUUGAGUUGCAGCGGUACCAUAAUAAGUCGGGCAGGGAUAGUGCUUUGCAGUGGGGUCCUGUUUCGGUUCCUGGAGAAGAAAGAUGUUUUUUCAUCUAAUAAGAACUUUAUUUUGCCAUGCAGCACUAGUCAUAAUCUUGACAUACGCGUGGAAUACCAUGAACCAAAUGUGGAAAUAAAUGAAUGCUCUGGUGAGCCUUGUGUCAGAGAGAGAACCGUAGCAAGCCAUAAUGCUGAACUUUUGAUGUUGGUCAAUUGUCCAGAGUUUCGCUCAGCGUUCCGGCAUUUAUUUAGAGAGCCCGACAAAUGGAGCUUAAUAGAAGGCGAAGACUCCGAAGUCAGAAGCCUCGACGUGUUGUCUUGGUUUGCUGUACUAACAGUGCCACACUGGAAUCGCGGCAACAUUGUUCCGCAUAUUAGAAGUGAUUAUUUGAAGAAAGGAUGCACGGUCAUAGCCUGUGGUUCUCCAUUCGGCUCUGUAUGCCCUGACCUCUUCAUGAGCACUCUGAGCCAAGGCAUUGUGAGUAACCUCUACGGAGAGGACAAUGUGGUCAUCCUCACGGAUGCGAGGUGUUUACCUGGUACCGAAGGCGGGGGACUUUUUGUGAAAGAGGAAAGACAUGUUUACCUCGUUGGCGUCAUUGUGGCUCCUCUUUGCUGGAAGUCCAGCGACUGGAUUGGGUUGAGUCUUGUAUGUUCUCUUCAUGUCAUACUCAGAAAUAUACGGCAGUCGGCUAUCUGCAACCAUGCGCUCCAGAAAGUUGUUGGAAAUAUUUCCAAUAAUGAACAUGAACAUGGACUACUGCUAUCUGACGGUCUGGCCAGCCAUCCAACAGUGGCACUGGUUGAGAGUGGCCAUUUGUGGGGUUCAGGGAUACUUUACAAACAUCGUUUGAUUUUGACAUGCAGGCACGUGGUGGAUGGAAAAUCAGUGGUUACAGUGAAAUUUUAUGGGAGUGGAAGAUUUCAUACUAUGACUGGCGACGUGCUGUUCUCCACUAAAGCAUCAUCUCCCUAUGAUAUUGCUGUGGUUCAGCUCAGAAAUGACCCCCCAUGUGAAUCGGUUCCACAGUUUGCCUCUUUUUUCAAACCAGGUGAAGAUCUUGUCGUCAUUGGUUACGGUGCUUUUGGUGGGAGCUGUGGGCCGUCCGUGACCUCGGGGAUCCUCUCCAGGGUGGCUACCCAUCAGUCCCAGCCUGUGAUGCUCCAGACCACAUGUGCAGUGCAGGCCGGAGCCAGUGGUGGAGCCGUGGUGCGUGCCGACACAGGAGAGCUCCUUGGUCUUGUGUCCAGCAACACGCGUGACUUUGCAGCCGAAGUGACGUAUCCACAUCUAAAUUUCAGCAUUCCAGGGACUGUGCUGGAGCCCCUGCUAAAGUGCUUUGCUGUGACGGGAGAUGCAGAAGUGUUCGAGGAGCUCAACAGAGUGGAGGAGGGAGUCAGGACUGUGUGGAGACUGCAAAACACACAGAGCAGACUGUGACAUCACAAUGCCUUUCUCAAAUCCAUGUGCCUUAAUAGUGACUCUGACAAUUGUCUGUGCAACACAAUUGUUUGGAGAUUAUGAGGACAUCCUCUAAUCUCUAAUAACUAUUGGGGUUCACCUUUGACCUUUUAAAGCAGUGUUCUUUGUGUAGCCAGUGACAGAAAGGACCGGUAUGAAUGAAAUACGAAUGGCGCACCGUUGAUUUAUCAUCCAUACAUUAUUCCUAAUAUCAUGUAAGCAAUCGCGGCACCUUUUGUGAUGAUGUCCAGUGUGUACAGACAUACAAUGACACACCAAGCCAUGGCUCCUCUACUCUUUUAUUAUCAAAUACAGCAGACUUUGUAUGUGACACGGUUACAUAGAAUUUCAAAGUUUCCAGUCGUUUCUAGAGCUGCAAUGGAACCAACAUGGGCUGGGGAUGAGUAUCGACACAAUGACCACUAGACCACCUAAGAAAGACAUGAUUUGCAUAAUCACACCGUAAACUAUGACAUGCUGUCUUCAUCGACCCAUCUCUGAGUACCAGACCUCCCCAUACUUUAGAUAACAUGCAAAGAACGCACAGCUCUGGAAAAACAAAACAUGAUGGUUGUACCUAAGAGAUGCAAGAAUUCAUGCAUAGGAAUACAUUAAUUAAUACCACAUUUUGUUGGAGGGGAUUGUGUAAAUGUGAGGCCAUUCUGUGACUGUUUCCCUAAAGCCUUCAGAAGACUAGACCAUUUUGCAGAUCUCUUUGUUCUAAUUUAGUCAAGCCUGGUCAUCUUGUGUAGAAUAUGACUCAUGUGAAUAAUCAUUUUAACAAGUCUGAUCAAGUGAAUUUGGUCAUUCCUUCAUACCAAAUGGUUGUGGAAGAUACAGUAUGCCUUUUAUAUUUAUGCAGGCCAGCCCCAAAACCACAAUCGCUUCUUCCUGAGACAUGUACUGUUGUAUCAGGUUCCAUUCAAUGUUUUGUAAUUGUCCUUUGUAAAGUCAAUCAGAUUCUGUAAUUACAGGGCUUGUUUUUAUUGGUCUUAUGGGCAAAAGUAUUUGAUGAAGAGAAUUAUUGUUCAUCACACUUGACAUUCAUUCAUAGUCAGCAUUUUAAAUGGUUACACCAUGAUUACGCCACAAAACAAUCAAAUGCUCAACCUGACCAAAUUGUUUUGUCAAUUGUUUUACAAUUUUUUUGUUGUGGGUCGUGUAACCAAAUAGUAUAUUCUGACAAAUAGAAAGAAUUGGUCCCUUUUGGUUUCUAAGAUGAAAUAUUAUCAGGUUGUAUUCUCAGAAAUAAUUGUUUUUCACAGCUGACGGUGAACCAUUAGCACAACUUUGCAAAGACUCUAAUGUAUAUAUUUCAUCUCAAUGCAAAGCAGCAUUACGACAUGCUGUUAACCAAAGAAAUAUGAAACUGAGACACACAGAUAGUCUUCUGUCUAGCCAAAAGGAAAUAAUAGCCCAGACUAAAGUAGAUAACCUUAAGAGGCACAGACUUUAGUGUCAAUAUGAUUCAGUAGGUUUCAGUAGGAUCUUAAAUCAAAUGUCUUGAGAUUUUGCAGGUAUUGUGUGUCUGGCACACCAUGUUGUUUAGAGUACAGAGUAUGGAGUAUUGUAUAGACUUGUGUAUAACCUACAUGAGACAUAUAACUAGUAUUAUUUCAGAGGAGGCCAACCUGUCAGCGCUGUUGGAUGUAACUUACUUCAGAAAAUGGCAAGAGAAUAUCUGCUGACAUAUCUGGUUUAAAAAUCAACAGUAACAUAGAGGUCCACGCUGAUGUUCGGCUCUUUCUCGUGGGGCAUAAUGGCAAUCCACUUUUGGUACACCAAAUGUGACGGAGGCCUUGCAUGGAAAUAGUUCUGAAGGUCUGAGAACCAAUCUGUAUUUAAGGAUAUUAUAAACAGGAGAUGUAUAAAGUGAAGGUGUGAGAACCAAUCUGAUUUAAGGAUAUUAUAAACAGGAGAUGUAUAAAGUGAAGGUGUGAGAACCAAUCUGUAUUUAAGGACAUUAUAAACAGGAGAUGUAUAAAGUGAAGGUGUGAGAACCAAUCUGUAUUUAAGGAUAUUAUAAACAGGAGAUGUAUAAA